GUGUGUGUUUGUGUGUCUGUGUGUGCGCGUGUGUGUGUCAGCGAAAGAGCCACCUGCACUGCACACAGUCUACCAAAUGUCAGAGCUCAAAUCAUCGCUGCACUGAGAACAUCACAUACCAAUCGGAGAGGAGGGAGGUGCGACGCCACUAAAAAAGCAAGUUCGUUUGAUAGAUAUUCAACAUUUCCAACCAACUCGGGGUCACAGAGCACAAAGGGACACAGCGCUCAACAACAGAUCUCCAUCCCGACUGCACCUGUGACCCUCUCGGUUUCUGGGUUUCAGCUCCCCAGACGUGACGGAAAUGAGGAAUGUUUUUCACCCCGUCUUCCUCCUCCUGGCUGCGCUCACGUCCUUCACGGGCGCACUGGAGGUGAUAUAUGCUCAACUGGGAGAGACGGCUACCAUUAAGCCUCCAGAGAUUGAUGAUUACAAAAAGCAUUAUGUGUACUGGCAGCUUGAAGACAGGCCGUCUGAUGUCGACGCUCUUGUCUGGCGCAAUCCUUGGGGCAGAUGGGGGACAUUAUCAGAUGACCGAUGGAAAGGCAGAUUGUCCUUGUCCCGUGACUCGCUGAUCAUCAAAGACGUACAAGAAACAGACUUUGAGACUUUUGUCUUUAAACGCGAUCCUAGUGGUACACCAACCAAAUAUAAACUUCUCAAACUCACAGUGAGUGUGACCCCAUCCUCUCCUCUGCUGCCGGGGGACUCGCUGACUUUGUCCUGCUCCGCACAGACUCUCCAAGGUCACAAGGACCCACAGAUACAGUGGCUGAAUCCCUCGGGAGAGAAAAUGAAAAAAGGUCCAGCACCACUGACUCUGAAAGUAACGAGUCGAGACAGUGGCCAGUGGAUUUGUGUUGUGACAAAUGAUAAAAAAGAGAACAAGGCCAAAGUUUCUGUUACGGUUUUAGACCUCUCCCCCGCUCUUUUACGUCCUCAAUACACGUCGAAAUCCUGGCCUCUCACCGUGCCCUGUUCCCUCCCCGCUCACAUCUCGUGGCAACAAAUCAAAGCGAAGGACCUCCAAGAAGUUCACUGGCACUUUGUCCCCGAAUCAGGCCGGACUCCACAGAGGCUCUUCUCCCUCUCUCUGAAGGAUCCACUCACCUGGGAGAAAGACCAAAACAGAGAACUACGCUCUGCAGCAGACCUUCAAAAAGGAAAUCUGUCUUUGACCAGAAGCCGAGGGAAUGAAGAAGACCAAGGAGAUUAUGUGUGCACCAUGAAAUUUAAAAACGGCGUGUUGCUGAACAGGACGGUGCACGUGAAGGUGCUGCAAAUCACCUCCUCUCCAGGAACAGACUUAAUUUCUGGCCAGCAGCUCAACUUGACCUGCAGCGUUGGCCAUCCGACGCCCUCUGACCUGCAACUGAAGUGGGUUCCGCCCGAACAGUCGUCCCUGACGCCUGACCGGCACCUCGCCCACUUCACCGUCCCAGAAGUGGGGACGGCAGACGGCGGAAAGUGGAGAUGUGAGCUGUGGCAAAGCGGCGCGCUGCUGACGUCGGCCGAGAUCACGCUGAAAAUCGAACCCAAAUUGAGUUUGUGGAUGCUGGUGGUCAUUUGUGGUGCCGCAGUCAUCGUAAUCCUCCUACUCAUCCUGGCAUUCAUCCUCUACAGACGCAGACAACAGAGGAUGACGCACCUCAGCCGUCGACUCUGCAAGUGCAAAACCCCCAAACCCAGAGGAUUCUACAGAACAUGAUAUCUCCAAGAGUGACAUUUUCAUGAGGACACCGGAACGAAUUGAGUUUCUGUUUAGAAGAGAUGGAUUUCUUUGACCUAUCCACUGAACCAUGAAACUCUGUCGGCUGUGUUAAUAAGACAAAGUUCAUGUCAGAGAUUGGUUUAUCACUGAGGUGUAAUUCAGUAGUCCAUGUCUGCCAUUUUUGGAUUGUUUUUAUAUUUCUAAUGUCACAUGUGAUUUAUAUUCCAGAGGAUUGCUCUAUGCUUCAUUUAAUCAGAAUUUUAACAUUAUUGUUUGUGAUAUUACUGUUGAACCGUUUAUAUUAUGCUUUUAUUUUAUCCACAUUGUUGCCAUCUAUAGUCUUUUUUUAUGACUGAUAACACUUGUUACUUUUUCAACUUUUUCCCUAUAAGCAAAUAUAUAAAAAUGAGCAUUUGUUGGUACUAGAUACCCAGCUGAGCACUCUUAGUGCAUUUUUUGGUGGUCCUGCAGCGGGAUGGGUCCGUCUCACGGAUACAAGAAGGAACAGGGAACAUUUUAGACCUGGUCUGAGUCCUCUCCAUCCAGACCACCGGACACGUGGUCACGUUGUUGCCUCUGAUUUCAGCACGUCACAAAAUCUACACGGAAAGAGCAAGAAUUUGUUUGUGCCAAAGUGAGAUGAGUUUUUUUGUGUAAAAUAAGAUGUAAAUUGGAUUGGUUUUAGGCUCUUUAGGCGGUGUGUUCACUCAUUAUAGCGACUCGGGUAAAGGAUGAGAUGUGUCUGUGUGACUGAUGUUUGUUCAUGAGAGAGAAUCUUUGCUAUUUCUGGAUAUCCUGACUCGGAUAAUGAUGAUCCUUCAAUAAAAUGUAAUCACCUUUAUUAACUCUCAAA